AUGCACCAAAAAUCCCAACAACAAUCCCGCCUCCUCAGCCUCCCCCGCGAACUCCGCAACCGCAUCUACACCCUCACCUUCUGCUCCCACGUCGCCACAGUCUGUGAGCUCGGCGUAGUCCGCCAUGGAGGCAGCAUUAUCGGAACCUGCCAACUGGCCCGAGCCGAGGCGACGCCGCUGUACUACAAGCACAUUACCUUCCUGGUCCACGACUUCGGUGCGCUUCGGUACUGGCUGGGAGGAUUGGAUGAGGGCCGUCGCAAGGCUGUGAGUGGGAUUUUGUGGGUUGCUCCGAGGGUGUCGUAUGGACCUAUGCCGUCGGUGUUGAAUUUGAGAGAGGAGUUAGAGGGGUGGGAAUUGAGAUUGGGGAAGGGUGUGUUGGAGAGUACGGAGUUGGGGAUUUUGGGGGAGGGGUAUAGGGCGGACGAAGAAGAGGGUGAGGCAUGA